ACAGUUCUGUUCUGCUGCCGCUCCAUCUGCCACGUCUCACGUGAUGCCAGAUAGGGUGGUGUGUGUGUCUGUCUGUGUCGUUACCGGGAUGGGGUGUGUAUGAUAAAAUAGUUUUCUUUCCUGGGGGAUGGUGCUAGUCUAAUCCAAAUUGUCAUGUUACAGUGCAGACGGGGAGAGCUUAUGCUCCAUAUCAGACAGGUUUAGAAAUGACCCAGUAGCCUAGGUCUCUUUUUAAAACAGGUUACAGGUACCUAGCUAUAUUACACUAAUAUUAUCAUUUAGUUUUUGAUGUGGAGAUGUGUGUGAGUAUGGGCUUUUUGUUGGUUGCCUAAUGGCCUAGAUUUUCCUUUUGUGGAAUGGCCAAAAGUGUAAUGGCUGUUAACAGUUGGGUCGGGCAUGAAAUUGGGGAAAUACCUUUAAGAUCCAGAUUUCAGUGUCUGUGUCAUUUGGAAAGUUUUGCCUGCCUGCCAGUCAGGGCUCUGCAAGCCAAUCAGAAAAGGGCUGUGAUCAGCUACCUGCUUUCGUAUUGGUCCCGGGCUGUGAGGGGGCGGACUUAGCUGGAGGCUGGGCGGGCUGGCAGGCAGGAAGGGGCUGGCCGUGGGGGGAUGGCUCGCAGUGUUUCAGCCUGAUAGCCGAGCAGACACUCCUCUGCUUCCUGCCUGCCUGCUCCACUCCCCUCCCCUCCGCGGCUGAGAGAAGAGAGAGAAAUUCCCUGUCUAGGCAUGGGCCUCAGGCUGCUGCAACGCUCGGCAGCUCCUCGCGGGGAAUGACAACAGUUCACACGGUCAUUAGCUCCAGACGCUGAAGCGGACAGACUCCUCCAAGGCAUAGACGCCAGGUGCAACUGCUGCCUUUGCUGUGACUGAAAGAGAGGCACGAUAGAGCUAUACGGGACAUCGCAAAACACCAGAUCAGUGACAGAAAGUGCCUUGUCAGACAGCAUCCCUACUUGAAGCUGCCUGCCUGUGUGUCUCCUCCACCAAGCCCGCAAGGUUCCCUCCCCUUUUGCUGUGACAGAAGAUCCCUCAUUUCAUCUUCACCAGGCACCGUCGGUGCGCAAUAGAAACCCAAGCAGAUUCAACUGCAGUGGUGUGGGGAUCUGGCCCAGCCUCUCUGCCCCAAGAGAGCUGACUGACUUGCACAGAGAGGUUAUUGUCAAUACCCAACCCACUGUCUGAGCGCCCUUAACAUUCUCAACCCAGCAGUGCCAUCGUGUUUUCAAUAGCACCAGUUUCAGUUUCCUUCCCGACUGCUCCCUCCCUCUGCCACCACUACUCCUGUCGUCCAAAGGACAAUUCGGGCGGUCUGCCUGUCCAGCCAUCCUCUGAGCAUGCCCUUGUUGCGCUGUCAGUGGCCUGCACCCGGGACUAACUGAUCGACGAGUGAAGGUCUCUUGAUUGACAGCUUCUCUGAUAGCCUCAACCUCCCAUGCUGCGACCGCAGGGUGCACGACUUUCGCUGACCCGCGCACGCCAUUAUUCAAAUUGUUUUUAGCUACAUGUUUUAGUUACAUUUCUUUUAUUUUUCUCCCUGUAGCUCUUCAAAGAAUCGUUAAAUUAUAAGCUCUCCUAAAACAAGUGGCUAGCUCAACACCACUUCCGGUGCUGCUAUGGCUUUAAACAUUGCUUCGAUACGAGACACAAAAUGGCUGACUCUGGAGGUGUGCAGGCAGUUCCAAAGGGGGACGUGUUCGCGGAGUGAUGAGGAAUGCAAAUUUGCACACCCGCCCAAAAGCUGCCAGGUGGAGAACGGAAGAGUGAUUGCCUGCUUUGACUCGCUAAAGGGCCGAUGCACGCGAGAGAACUGCAAAUACCUUCACCCACCGGCCCAUCUGAAGACCCAGCUAGAGAUCAACGGACGCAACAACCUCAUACAGCAAAAGACGGCGGCAGCCAUGUUGGCUCAACAGAUGCCCUUCAUGUUCCCCGGCACGACCAUGCAGCCUACGAUGCAGUCAUUUCCUAUUAGCCAGAGCAUGGGCUCCAGCCCGGGGCUGAGCUACGCACCCUACCUGACCCACAUGACCCACAGCAUGGGACUGAUGCCCACCGAGAUGUUGCAGCCCAGUACCCAGAGCAUCAUCGUCCCUGGCAGCCCGCCCGUCUCCAUGCAGAGCUCCUCCUCCAACCAGAAACUGCUACGCACAGACAAGCUGGAGGUGUGCCGGGAGUUCCAGCGGGGCAACUGCGCGCGCGGCGAGACGGACUGCCGUUUCGCCCACCCCUGCGACAGCCCCAUGAUCGACACCAGCGACAACACGGUGACCGUGUGCAUGGACUACAUCAAGUCGCGUUGCUCCCGAGAGAAGUGCAAGUACUUCCACCCGCCAGCCCACCUGCAGGCCAAGAUCAAGGCGGCUCAGCACCAGGCCAACCAGACGGCCGUGGCCGCGCAGGCCGCCGCCGCCAUGACUCAGUCGACUGCCAAAGCAAUGAAGCGACCCCUCGAGGCAACUGUAGACCUGGCGUUCCCCCACGGCUGCCUGCAGCCGCUACCAAAGAGGCCGACGCUGGAGAAGAGCAACGGGGCCAGCUCACUCUUUAACCCCAGCAUGUUGCACUAUCAGCAGGCCUUGGCCAAUGCACAGCUGCAGCAGCAGACAGCUUUCUGCGGUUUCCCCACAGGGUCAGUGUUGUGCAUGACUCCUGCUAGCAGCCUUGAUCAUCCUGAAGUAACGGUCAGGAAAAGAAUGGAGUGUCAAGAAGCUGCAAUACAAAGCCCAAAACAGACCUUCUUCUGUAAAUACUACCUUCCCCCUUCACUAGACCUACAUACAGCAACCUGCAUGCUAAGAGUGUAAUGCUAUCAAUUAACCAUAAGACUUGAGUGCUGUUGUGUAAGACCAACACAACAAUACUUACAUGUAUUACUAGGAAACUAUUGACAUGAAAAUGACAAUGACAAAAAAAGAUAAGAAUAUGUACAGAACUACACACACGUAGUGGAGCGAUGUUGACAAAUUCAUUUUAACGAUUGUCUUUUCAAUGUAAUGUGGGUCCUUUUCUUUUCCAUAUUUUGGUUUUGAAAAGGAACCUUUGCCCUGCACAAAAACACCUAAUUUGCAGUAUACGAGAAGUAUCAUUGUUAAAACUGCUUAAUUGUUUUAAACCAGAGAGUCACAGAGAAGUCCUUGGUCGCAAGUGGCGCUCUUGGCCAAGCUGGAUUUGAUUGUUUUAAAAUGUUUGUUUCUUAUGUUUAAAAAAAAAAAAAAAAAAAGAAUGUUAGGA